AUGUCAACCAGUUCGGCUAUCGAUAUCCUUAAUCAAAAGACCAUUACUUCUAAAGUAGCUGCUUUGGUGACUUCAAAGUAUUUGCAAAGUACGUUUUCUAAGAAUAAUACGAGUAAUAUUGAGGAUGAAAGAUUUAUUCACGUUAGCUCGCGUUCUCAUUCAAGGUUUACGUCAAGCCCUGUAACUCCUAAUGAAGUCCUUUCUCUAAAGUUCCACGUAUCGGGCUCAUCAAUGGCAUACAGUAGAAUGGAUGGCUCUUUGACUGUUUGGUUCAUCAAAGAUGCAAGUUUUGACAAAUCUAUAAAAGUUUAUAUUCCAGACUGUUGUGGUUCAGAUAAACUGGCGACUGAUUUCUCUUGGAACCCUACGUCUUUAAAUCAAAUGGCCGUUGUGAGUAAUUCAUCAGAGAUAUCUUUACUGUUCAUCAAUGAAAAAUCGCUAAAGGCGUCUAAAUUAAGGACCUUAUCAUUGGGAAACAAGACUAAAGCCAACACUUGUCUUUACGACCCAUUAGGAAAUUGGUUAUUAGCUACUACUAAAUCUGAGAAAAUUUACUUAUUUAAUGUGAAGAAGGAUCACAGUCUUGUAUCUUCUUUAAAUGUUGGCGAUAUAAGUCCUAACGAUAAUGACGUUGUAUAUUCCUUGGCAUGGAGCAAUAACGGAAGUCAUAUAUUUGUUGGCUUUAAAAGUGGUCAUUUGGUCAUCUUGAAAGCAAAAGAUGGCAAUUUAGUCGUUUCCACCAAUAUCAAAGCCCACACCGGUCCAAUAACCGGUAUUAAGAUGGACCCAUGGGGAAGAUACUUUAUUACUGGUAGCAUUGAUGGUAACUGCUACAUUUGGGGGUUGAAGUCGUUAUGUUGUGAAUUGGUAAUCCAUGAUCUAGACUCUGCUGUAAUAACUUUGGACGUCUGUCAUUUAGGUAAAAUACUGGGAAUUUGCACAGAAGAUGAAAUGGUAUAUUUUUAUGAUCUUAAUAGUGGUAGCUUACUUCAGUCUAAAUCUUUAGCCAACUACGAUACCGAUCCAGUUUUGAAGUUUUAUCCCAAUAAGUCUUGGUAUAUUAUGUCAGGCAAAAAUGAUACUUUAUCGAACCACUUUGUUAAAAAUGAAGAGAAUCUAAUUACUUACUGGAAACACAUGGUUGAUAGCACGAUAAUUGAAAAACGUAGGAAGAAUAACGGCAACAGUAACAAUCACAGUAAAAGGAUUGGAAAGAACGGUGACCGCAUUGUCAAAGAUAGGCCGAGUAGAUUCAAUUCAAAAAAGUAG